UCUUCAGCCCUCCAUUCAGUGUGAGCAAACUUCUGCUGUGUUUCUCUACCCAUCAUACCGUUAUCUGUACAGGACACAGAACAAUCACAUCUACUGUUGUUGACACUGCGUAAAAUAUACAUCAGCAGGAAGACUCUGUGUCAAUCAUGUGGUUGUACCCUGCAAAUGUCACCGUCUAUGCCCAAGCUACAGCAUCCCUUGCACAGCUGGACAUUCUGGUCUGUACCUUCUUCACCUGUGUCUUCCAGAACAACAGCGACAACUGCUCCGUGGCCUAUUCGCUUCCCCAGAUGGAUCAUCCACUGAUCUGGGAUGAAACAGGACCAUCUCCCUGGGCAGCGAUGAAUGAAUCCUUUGAUGCACCAAGCAAUGAAAGAUACAAACUGUUGAACCACUCGUUGCGAAUCCUUGCUUUUGAGUAUCCGGCAGAGGCUGACCCGUUUGUGUAUUCCAACGCAGAGACUGUAAUGUAUGGUUUUGUCCUUCCUGUCCUCGAACUACUAGGGAUCCUAUCCAUUCUGUCUUUUUUCUUUACCAUUUGCAGGGUUCCCUCCAUGCGGAAUAUCACUAAUUUUUAUCUGACUAAUUUGGCUGUUGCAGAUUUGAUGGUCUUGAUUUCAAUUACUACUCAUGAGCAAUGUUUGGUUUUUACAACACAACAUAUAUCGGAUGUAUCAUAUUUGGGGAACUCAGCCCAAGCAGUUCUUACUCUCUUAUCGUUCACAUGCAAUGUGGGUGUUAUUUCAUCUAUAGCCUUUGCAACUCUGCUGUCUUAUGAUAGAUAUUUUGCCAUUUGUUACCCUUUCCAACACCGUAAUCUCAAUCUGAAGCGACGGGCAAUACGAGCAGCAGUUUGCAUAUGGGUACUGUCUUUUUUCAUGUAUUUGAUUGUUUUCUUUUAUCGGUUUCUGGCCUUUAAUGUACCACUAAUCAAAUGUGUUGUUUGGCCAACUGAAGAAAAGUAUGAACAUCUAUCAGGUAAUGUGAGGGUGUUUGGGAAUAAUGAUGUAACUUUGCUCACUUUGAAUCUGGUUUUAAGGUACGUGAGUUUCUGUGUAUUCAUGUUGAGUUUGAUCCUCACGGUCACUUUCAAUAUCCUCCUAAUUAAGGGACUGCAUGCACCAAAUCCAACCGGUGAUCAGAUCAGUGGUCCGUCAAAACAUCUACGAAGAGUUACUCUGAUACUUGGCAUCAACACAGCCGUGGUAUUUGUCUGUUUUCUGCCUCAAGCUAUAUGUGCCCUAAUUGCAAUUAUAAUGUAUAGCAGGGAAGAAGUGGAUGUAACUGAUGAUGUGGCAUGGAAAUUGGAUCUGAUGACUGCUUGCCUCUUAAUCAUGAACUCGUCCAUUAAUUCAGUCAUAUUCAAUGCUGGUAGUGGAAGGUACAGGAAGGCCUUCAAGCAAGCCUUCUGCUGCAGAAAGAGGCAGCAAGUACCAACGAACAAUAUCCCUCUGCAGACAUUACCAAGAGCAGAUCCUGCAGAUAGAAUAAGAUCAUAGGAUCCAAAAGCAAAACUCCCCUUUCAGAGAGAAAAGAAAAGAAAAGAAAUACAUGUAAUGUUAUCCUCAUAGUGCUGUAGCUGAACCCCAAACCGAACUGAAUAUAGCCAAACAUGGCAUUCUGAACCGAACUGAACUGAACCGAAAUUGUUGGUUCAGAAGUUUGGAAAAAUUCUAUUUUUUUGAAAGUGCUAGAAAUGCUAAAAUUGAAAUGCAUGGAUGAUUGAAUUCACAGUGUUAACAAGUCACUAUAUUCAUCUUCAUUGUUUGGUGGGCUAAACUCUGCGAUUUUUCGUCUUCGGUGUGCAUAAUCGGUACAACGUAGCAUUGCUAUAGUGUAGACCAUGUGUACAUAAUGCAUGCGUGUUGCGUGUGGUAAAGUAACAUCACUGCGUCCUUUGAUAAGCGACCCCCAAAAUAGACAGAGCACAUUCGUGCAGGCAAGAGGGGUUACUGGUGUUGCUCACAAUGCAGUAUUAUUGCUAGUAUUUGGGAAACCCCUUUUUGAUAAUACGCGCUGUGGUGGCACAUGUUCAUGUAUUUUGUUACCGCAACCGUAGUGCAAGAAGUCGAUGCCAGUGCGUGAUUUUCUAAAUGCCGAUUUACACAAAGAUUUCGUUGCGCUUUUUGUAGGGGACCGAGAGUAACACACCGACUUGA